UGCUACCUCACAAAUGCAGGCAACGUACGCCAGGAAAAGCUUUCCUUGCUUUGACGAACCAGCCAUGAAAGCAGUCUUUAGUGUCACGAUCAUUCACUCACGAGACACUGUGGCUCUGUCCAAUGGCAAGGAAAAGGAAGCUUCAGAGGCUGUCAUUGACAGCGUGGCUGUCAAAAUUACAACAUUUGAGCCCACGCGGAAAAUGUCAACAUAUCUACUGGCAUUUAUCGUCAGCGACUUUGUUCCCAUUGAGUCAAACCAAAACGAUUUGUUGAUUCGAAUCUGGGCUCGGAGAAAAGCAAUAGAUGAUGGUCAGGGGAGCUAUGCUCUCAAUGUUACAGGACCCAUCCUGAGGUUUUAUGAGCAUUAUUACAACACAUCAUAUCCUCUCUCCAAGUCAGAUCAGAUCGCUUUGCCCGACUUCAACGCUGGAGCAAUGGAGAACUGGGGUCUGGUCACAUACAGGGAAACGGCCCUGCUCUAUGACCCCAUCCUUUCCUCCACUGGAAACAAAGAGAGGGUCUCAACUGUGAUUGCCCACGAACUCGCACACAUGGACGCUCACCAAAUUCUGGCGGUUUGUUUUUCCAAGGGUGCAGCAGUGCUAAGGAUGCUGUCAGAGUUUCUCACCGAGCCUGUGUUUGCUAGAGGACUCAGUUCUUACCUGAACACAUUCGCUUUUGGUAACACUGUAUAUACAGACCUGUGGGAUCAUCUCCAACAGGCAGUUGAAAAUGCACCAGGAAUACAUAUUCCACACUCUGUGGAAAAUAUCAUGAACCGCUGGACUCUCCAGAUGGGCUACCCAGUCGUCACUGUUGACACCCGGACAGGAAGUGUCACACAGAAACACUUCCUGUUGGAUCCAGGCUCUACAGUGGACAGACCCUCUCAGUUCAAUUACACCUGGUAUGUCCCUAUCAAAUGGAUGAAGACGGGUGUGCAGCAGCCACAAUACUGGCUCCUUCAAAAAACAGACACUCAUAUUCCGAUGAGAGUGUCAGGACAGGACUGGGUACUCGCAAACACAAAUGUAUCUGGAUACUUCAGGGUGAACUACGAUCCUGAUAACUGGGACCGUCUCCUUUCCGUGCUCAACACCAACCACCAGACUGUAUCAAUCAUCAACAGGGCACAAAUUAUCGAUGAUGCAUUCAAUUUAGCAAGAGCCAAAAUAAUCAGCACCACACUGGCUCUGAGAACUACCAAAUACCUGUCAAAAGAGCGAGACUACAUCCCCUGGGAGUCAGCUUUGAGAAACCUCAACUACUAUAUUCUCAUGUUUGACCGCAAUGAAGUCUACGGAGUUUUGCAGGCAUACCUUAAGAAACAAAUACAACCUCUAUUUGAGCAUUUCAAGACAAUUACAUCUAACUGGACAAGAGUACCUACAGGACACACCGACCAGUAUAAUCAGAUAAAUGCUAUUGGGAUAGCCUGCAGUGCGGGAGUGGAAGGCUGUAGGGAGCUUAUAAAAAGCUGGUACAGAGAGUGGAUGAAAAAUCCAAGUCGCAACCCGAUCCAUCCCAACUUGAAAAGCACAGUUUAUUGCUACGCCAUAGCCUUUGGUGGUGUGGCAGAGUGGGACUUUGCCUGGAACAUGUUCAAGAAUGCUACUCUGGCAUCUGAAGCGUCCAGGCUCAGGUCUGCACUGGCCUGCAGCAAAAUACCUUGGCUUUUGAACAGGUAUCUGGAGUACACACUAGACCCAACUAAGAUCCGUAAGCAAGAUGCCACCUCUACCAUCCAGAAUAUUGCCCGAAAUGUUGUGGGGAUGCCGCUAGCAUGGAACUUCGUCAAUGCUAGAUGGAGUUACAUCUUCCAACAAUAUGGAAAAGGAUCAUUUUCCUUCUCUAAUCUUGUCAGUGGAAUCACACAGAGAUUCUCUACAGAGUAUGAGUUACAGGAGCUUAAAAGAUUCAAAGAAGAAAACCUCAGUGUUGGCUUUGGUUCUGCCACCAUGGCCCUAGAGCAGGCCAUAGAGAAAACAACGGCUAACAUCAAGUGGGUGACAGAAAACAAAGCUGAAGUGCAGCGGUGGUUUGCUCAGGAGUCCACGUGAGAACACCAAAAGCCACCACAGUCCUUUUUUCAGUACUGACAGUGAUAUGUAAUUAAUGAAAAUCACUAUAAUCAUCGGAAACAACAAAAGCCUUUUCUCUUGACAAAUGCAGAUGGACUGUUUAACUGUUGUCACACAAUAGCCCACUUAACAUCAGCUUUAGUGCAAGGGAAGGGAAGAGACCAAGACAGCGUGUUUGUUUUCUACAUAUUUUACAUUAUAAGUUGAUCCUUAUCAUGAUUUAUACUAUUACCCAAGGCAGUAAAUUUAAUGUAGAGCAGUAGAGGCAGAGAUUAAUGGCAGCAAUUCUACAAGUGGUUAAAAUCUGUUGACGACAGCUGUUUUCAUGCAUGUGCUUGAACUUUCCUAGACCGACAGAGAUGCAUGGGAGAAAUGUCUGAUGUGGUGGGAUCAGACAUUAAACAGUCUCUAUCCUGCCAACUUCCUAGUACAAAGUGCAUAUGAUGUGCGGUUGAAGCCAUGGUAGAAUUAUACUUAAAAUAAGUCACUGAAUUACAGCAAGUGCUGACCACUAAACACAAAGUAUUUCCAGAAUUAAGAGCACAUCUAAAGUUGUGUACUUUCUGUCACCUGUGAAAAAGGACAGCUUUAGACAAAUGACCUCAUUCACAAAAUUUUAAUUUUAUGUUGCUCAUCAUCAUGUGAUCGUUUGCUUCCAUCAUGUGACAUCAUGUGUCACACCAACACUGUCCUCCUCCUUCCCUGCAUCCAUAAACCUCCUCUAUGCUUUUCUUCUUCUCCUGCUGCUUGGCAGCUCUACAUAUUUAACAUCCUUU